AUGGGCCAAAGCUGCCAAAGCUGCAACGGCGGCCCCCUGCGGAUCCCUGAGCCCAAUGGCCCUUUGAAGCCAUCGGUUCCACUGCGCCCAAGAUUCGAGAACGAGCCCUGGGUCGCCUUCCACUGCAAUGCAUUCCAGGUCUCGUCAAGUACUUCAGCCCCUCGAGCUGGCGCGGAGGAGGGGACACAAGGAUGGCCCAAGGUCUACUCCUUGGGUCGACUGUUGGGCGAUGGCAUCUCUGCCAAAGUCUUUGAGGCUGAGGCGUUAGCCGACUUGGAAACUACCGAGACUGCUCAGCAACUGACAGUCCUUGGCACCUGUGGUGCUGUUGCAGCAGGCAUGCCGCAUUGUUUGCGAGAACAUGGUCGAAAGGUAGCCAUCAAACGCUUUCACCGCUUGGGUAGCCGGACGUUCAUGAAGGAGCUCACAGCCUUGAAACGGGUCGGCACUCAUCCCAACAUCCUGCGCUUGCUCGAGAGCUACCAGGGCUUCAAUGGCGAAGACGUGUUGGUCCUUGAGUACUGCGAUGGUUCCACUCUCUACGAUCUCUACGCCCGGGAGCAUCCGAAGGGUGGGCUUCCUGAACGUUUGGUGGCACGGCUUCUGCGUCAACUCUUCUUGGCCCUGCAGCACUUGAGCAGCUGUGGCGUUGAACAUCAGGAUGUGAAACCAGAAAAUAUGAUGCUCUUUGGUGUGGCUGUGUCGGCCUUCCGUGCAGAGCUGAAACUGGGGGAUUUCGGCUGGGCAGCCAUAGCUGCACCCGAAGGGAAAGUCAGCAAACCACCACCUACUGGUGCCGGCUCUUUGUGGUAUGCGCCUCCUGAACUGAAUCCUCCUGUGGAGGGAGUGGAGCCCGAGCCCAUGGCUGUGGAUCAACAUGGUGAACCCAUCAAGGGCUUGUGCGAUAUGUGGAGUGCUGGUGUGGUCCUGUACCUUUUGCUCGUGGGCCACAACCCUUUCAACCAAGCUCUGAAGCAAUCGACCCAGGAAGCUCAAGACCAGGAAGUCUUGCGAUUAGUGGCGCUUGGGAAGUACAACUGCCGCACGGAGAGGUGGCACCAGCUGCACGCGGACGCCCGGGACCUGGUGGAGAAACUUCUCCGGGUGCCACCGAUCCAAAGGUCUUUGCCUUCAGAAGCUUUACAACAUCCAUUUGUCACCAAGCGCACAGUGGCCGGACGAGUAUCAGGUUAUGGUGGAAAUGCAAUUUCUACCUGUAUGGAUGGGGAGCACUCUGUCUUUUUCCAUGGCUCUGUAGCGCCGUGGGCUGGCCGUGAACGCCGUUGGCAGCGACUGGAUGGUUUCCAGCGGAUGGCCUGGCUGGCCAUGGCGCGGGCACUGGCAGAGCCCGAGUUGGAUGGAGCGGUAGUGCAAGGUGCCCUGGAAGGCAUGGAACACGAAAAGCAGCGGCAGUUGCGUCAGGGCGGCGAUCAGCGAGAGGCAGGAUUCUUGUGGCAGUUGGCGCGUGAACUAGGCACUGCGCCAGUCUUCCAAUGGUUGCAAGAUCGAACUGCCUGGCCCGAUGCAGUACGACUGGCCUUCAGUUUCUUGGACGUGGACCGCGAUGGUAUGCUCAGUGCUGGUGACCUCCUUGCACAUGUGGCAGGAUCACCUCAAAGGAACAGCACUGCACCGCUGGCGGUGGCCAAGAUGACACCUGUGCUGUCCAAAGACGAACUCGUGAAGAUUUGGAUCCAGCGGUGGCAGGUCAAAGAUAGGAACGAGGAGAUGUUGCCGCUUCAAUCUUUUCGAGAGGCGCUACUCAGUUCUUGCAGCGGGGAUGAUACCCUCUUCGGUACCCUUGACGACGAUGACGGCUUCAUCGCUGACACAGAGAUGGAAGGUCCUGAACAUGCCGUCGGCGUCGUUCCACAUCGAGGCUCCGAGUUGCAACGUUGGGGUGGCGAUGGCACUGGCGGCACCGGCGGCGGCCCGGUGUCCGGUCGGCCGCUGAGUUUCUCCGGAGGCGAUGGAAAGCUUGUCAUUCCAGUGGGUGGCAUUUGAUGAGUGCAGGACACAGUGGACACAUGUGGACACAGAUGGUGAGGCUGUCACGGUACCAAUGAUGGGGUUGUGGUUGAGAAGGAUCUAGCAAUCUAGGAAUCUAGGACUAGAAAAAGCUCCCUCUCUCUCUCUCUCUCUCUCUCUCUCUCUC